UGAGAGUGGAGGAACAGCAGAUCCUGGAGCUGCGGCUGGCACACACACACACAAACACACACACCUGAGCCGUCGGAAACAGUAAGUCUAUUAAGAUGAUCAAAGCUUUGUUGUCAGCACUCUUGGUCCUGGUGGCCGUGUCCUCCGCCUUUGGGAAAUACAUCCCCAAAACUGGGAAGAGGAUCCCUCAGACUCUCUCCAGAGGUUGGGGUGAUCAGCUGAUCUGGGCGCAGACUUACGAAGAGGGUCUCUACUGGUCCAGGUCACGGAACAAGCCUCUGAUGAUCGUCUUUCACCUGGCGGACUGCCCACACAGCGCGGCACUGAAGAAGGUCAUCGCUGAAGACAACGACAUCCAGAAAAGGCUGGAUGAGGACUUCAUCAUCCUCAAUCUCAUGUAUGAAACCACAGACAAACAUCUCUCUCCUGAUGGACAGUAUGUUCCCAGAAUCCUGUUUGUCGACCCUUCAAUGACGGUGAGGGCGGACAUCAACGGACGCUACAGGAACCGCCUGUAUGCCUACGAACCAGCUGACCUCACACUCCUGAAGACCAACAUGGAUGCAGCUAAGAAGCUCCUGAAGUCUGAGCUGUGAGCCCGAGGAGUCACACGCGGUCCCUUCAGUUUACACGUGGAAAACUACGCACUGCAAAAUUCCUUCUCUUCAACUUCACUUGUUUCCGCCUUAAAUUCCCUUUCUGAUCCUUCCCUUUAUUAAUAUUAUUGCUGUACAUCCAGAAUGUCUUUUAAAUAAAUAUGGAACUGUUCAUACGUACAA